GUCAGGUAUCACUGCAGACUGAGCGGCUCCUCCUCCCUGCCUCUGACAGCCCCCGGGAAGAAUCAUUCAGUAGAGGAGGCAGCAGGAAGCGGCUGUCCUCUCCAUCUCUCCCAUCCAGAGCCGUGCAGCCCGUCUCCAUCCUCCUCAUCCCCGGCUGAUCUUCCGCCAUGAAUUUCCUCCGGCGCCGGCUGUCGGACAGCAGCUUCAUCGCCAACCUUCCCAAUGGCUACAUGACCGACCUGCAGCGACCCGAACCCCCCCAGCCACCCCCACCCACCGGACCGGACCGGAGACAUAGCGGACAGUCAGCGGGGGGAUUCUUCUCCUCCAUCACCAACGUGGUGAAACAGACGGCGGCCUCGGCUGGACUGGGAGGGCAGAGGGCGGGGGCCCCCGGGAGCAGUCCCUGCCCUCAAGGAGCUUACAUUCUAAGCUUUGUGAAUAGACCCCAUACUGAUUGGGCAAAAUGUUUUAGAGGAAAGAAGGUUCAAGGGGACUAUGACAUACGAGUUGAACAGGCUGAAUUUUCAGAAAUAAACCUUGUUGCUCAUUCUGAUGGAACUUAUGCCGUAGACUUGCAGACCUUCCGGAAUGGUGCAAAAGUUGUCCGGUCAUUUCGGCCAGAUUUUGUCCUUAUUCGACAACAUUCCUUUAGCAUGGCAGAGAAUGAAGACUUCCGAAACCUUAUUAUUGGUAUGCAGUAUGCCGGUAUCCCAAGUGUCAACUCUCUGGAGUCAAUUUAUAACUUCUGUGAUAAGCCAUGGGUGUUUUCCCAACUGGUAGUUGCUUAUAAAACGAUGGGAGCUGAAAAAUUUCCAUUAAUUGAGCAGUCAUACUAUCCCAACCACAAGGAAAUGCUCGCCAUGCCAACAUUUCCUGUUGUGGUAAAGAUUGGACAUGCUCAUUCCGGAAUGGGAAAGGUGAAAAUAGAAAACCACUAUGACUUCCAGGAUAUCGCCAGCGUUGUGGCCUUGACUCAGACCUAUGCCACCACCGAACCCUUCGUAGAUUCGAAAUAUGAUAUCAGGAUUCAGAAGAUAGGAAAUAACUACAAAGCGUACAUGAGAACCUCCAUAUCAGGUAACUGGAAGACAAACACUGGGUCAGCCAUGCUAGAACAGGUGGCAAUGUCAGACAGGUACAAGCUAUGGGUUGACACAUGUUCAGAAAUAUUUGGUGGUCUGGAUAUUUGUGCUGUAAAGGUGGUACAUGGAAAGGAUGGAAAAGAUUAUAUCAUAGAGAUUAUGGAUUGCACGAUGCCAGUGAUCGGUGAGCAUCAAGCAGAGGAUCGACAAACAAUUGCUGAUUUAGUAGUGACCAGGAUGAAUCAGGCUCUGUCCAAAACUCCAAUUCCCUCCCCACAGAGACCAACAGCAACCACCCAGCCACAGAGCGGAAUGAUGAACGAAUCUGAGCAGAACAAGAUUUCAGCCCAACGACCUCCACCCCAAGGGGGCCCAGUGCAACCCCAAGGAUUGCAAACAGAGAACCAGCAACAUCCUUCACAUGUGAACACUCAGAGGUCUCCUGGUCAGGAUCUUCUUCCACAGAAUGAGCCACAGAUGCCAUCACCAACCACUGUUCAAGAGCCUUCCUCCACUGAACACAUGUUUUCUGCUGCCAGCAACGUGGAGCCACAAUCCAGCCAUCUGAAGGAGCAGCCUCAAAAAGUUCCACCGCAUCCCCAGCUGAACAAGUCUCAGUCUUUGACCAAUGCCUUCAACUUCACCCAAUCAUCCUUCUUCAGAUCAUCAAGCAAUGAGGAUGAUACCAGAGCAGACACUAUCCGCAAUCUGAGGAAGUCUUUUGCCAGUCUGUUCUCAGAAUAAUUGUCCAGAGCCGUUUGCCAUGACCAGUCCUGCGUAAUCAGCUUCAGGAAACAAAAGCCUCUCUAAAUUUCUCAUUUGGUCCCUGCUUUUGUGCUACUAACUUGAUGCUUCUAAGCAAAUGCUGUAAAAUGUAACCAAUGUGUGUGUAUAACCUACAUGAAUGUCAAGUUUCAAACUCUACAAU